GCAGGCAGGCUACUCAACACUGGAGUCGGUAUUGUGGGCUCCGCUUUGUUGCCCUCAGAGAUUGGCAAAUGCUUCGAAAAUGAUGCUCCGGAUUCUUCGGGUCAUUCGAAAAAUUUCCAAUACAAGUCCCCUCCGACCAAAGAUAAGUUGACAGUCACUCCUCCCGAAGCGCAUAAAAUUGGACGAUUUACCAAAAAACAAGACAACGAUAUCUCCUCCGGAAUCCGUCAACAAACCAGGCUCCCUGUGAUUCCCAUGUCCUCGAUGCACCUUCACUUCGAGUUGUACAGGAGUCCGCAAGCAUAUAUGCACACACACAUACACACACACACUCACAAUGCUGCCCAUCCUCAACAGCCAAUACUGGUAGAUGUAGGCCUUAAUAGAGGCAUGAGUGCAACCAGUCAGGCAGAUCGUCUCCGUUGCCCCGGUCUCCACGGCACACCAGCAACCAGGCGAGUGAUGCCUCGUAGACAGCAGGGUGCCAAAAUGAUGACGCACAUCGCUCAGCUUCCUACCCUGCCUGGCAGCGCCUCACAUCUCUCUACCUCAGGUCAAGCUGUGUGCUCAAAGCGAGAAGAGAAAGAGGUGAUGUGA